AUGUUCGGGUUUGGAUCGUAUUUGUCUUCGCCGGCCCAGGAUGUCGUCCUGUCCGAAGGGGCCGUUGAGCGCAUGCGCACAGAUGCGAGCACAUCAGACCACCCAGUGCUCCAAGUUGUUGCCCACCGCGCUAUACAGGCGGUUCCAUCGGCUGGGCACCCACCACCGGCCACGCGCUACCGGCUGACCCUGUCGGACGGGCGGCACUACAUGAUGGCCCUCCUGGCCUCACAGCUUGCCCACCUCGUCGAGGGCGGCACUCUCGCCACGGGCUCCAUCGUCCGGCUGCUUGACUUCGCGGUGACCAGCGUGCACGACAAAAGGCUGAUCGUCAUACUAAACCUGGAGCUGGUGUCUCCGCCUCGGGCCAUCGUCAAUGAAGAUCACCUGGAGUCCAUCGACCAGCAAUCCCAGGCCUCCACUCCAUCUGCUGCGCCGUUCCCGGCCUCGCCUUCGUACUCCACACACAGCCCCAGCUUCAACCUCUCGGCGCUGGCUUCCGCGCUGCCCAAGACGCCCGCCAAGUCCGUGUUCACCUUCGGCGCCGCGGCGUCGCCUCCCGCUUCGACCGCGCCUCCGCCCAGCUCCGGCUUCGACCUCUCGCCGCUGGCCGCUGUUCUGCCCCGCACCUCCGGUUCGACGCACGCGUCGCCGUUCCGCUCUACGCCGCCGCGCUUACAGGCCUCGCCGAAGGCGGACGACGUUGGUGUCAUCACCUCCGUCGCCGAUCUCAAUCCCUACCUCAGUCGGUGGACGAUUCGGGUCAAGGUCACGUCCAAGGGGGAUGUCAAGCACUACCAGACCGCUCGCGGACCCGGGAAGCUGCUAGCCAUCGAUCUGAUGGACGUUGCCGGCACCGAGAUUCGCGCGGUCAUGUUCAAUGAAGCCGUUGACAAAUUCGAGAGCAUCAUCCAGCAGGGCAAUGUGUACUCGAUCGAGAAGGCGACGCUGAAGGUGGCCAACAAGAAGUUCUCACACAUCAACAAUGACUACGAGAUCACCAUCAGCCCCGCGUCGGUCGUGGAGGCCGUCGCCGACACCUUCCCCGGCCUGGUCUGUCAUUUCGCGCCCCUGAGCGAUAUCAGAGAAAAGAAGGCCGACGACCUCCUCAACACCAUCGAUCUGGAGAAGCGCUCCCUCGCUCUCAGCUCUCGCGAGGUAUCCGUGGAGCUCACCUUGUGGGGCCAAGCGGCUGCUUCGUUCGAGGGUUCCGCCGGGGACGUGUUGGGCCUCAAGAGCGUCAAAGUGAGCGAGUGGCAAGAAACCUUCGUUCUGUGUGCGACUGAACGAAUGAAACCCGCUAUGGGCUACUACCCAGGGAAAUCGCUGGGAGCCACUCAGGCCUCUUCUUACGGCUCCUCCCGACUGUUCCCCGCCAGACGGAAGCACAAAGCAGAGGCGGUGAAGACCAUCCAGGAGAUCAAAGCCCUCGACGUGUCGGGCGGCUCUGCGUUCGUGGUAGUGAACGCCACCGUGGCGUUCAUCAAGUACGACAUCAGCGGGAACACUUACUACCGAUCCUGCCCCAACGAAAGCUGCGCCAGGAAGGUGGUCGACGUCGGCGGCAGUUAUCGCUGCGAGAUGUGUAACGCAUCGUACGAUCACUGCCAAUACCGCUACGUCAUGUCGGUGCGGCUGAUCGAUCACACGGACUCGCUGUGGGCGACGGUCUUCAACGACGUGGGCGCAACGCUCCUCGGGGUUCCCGCCUCCGAGGUGGCCGACAUCUGCGAGAAUCGGAGCGACCAAAGGGCGCUGGAGGAGGUGAUGAACAGGGGCCUCCUCCACAAGUGGCGGCUCAAGCUGCGCGUGGCGGAGGAGAGCUGGGGCAACUUUGAUAAACGCAUCAGAGCCACCAUCAUGUCAGCCGAGCCGCUGAACUACGCUGCCUCCGCGUCUGACGUCACCUCCAGCAUCAGCCGUUUGCUCGCCCAGCAGUGA